AUGCUUCAAAGCGGUGUCGCUGCCAAUGAUUCAAUGAAGAGCAAUGAAGAAGCCCAAGCAGCGAAGAAAACGAGAGAGUUGCCCAAGCUCUCAGAGUGCCAUUCGUGCCACUUGAGAGUCGACGUUGCCAACGCCAAUGCCAAGAGCAAGCUUCACGUCCUGUAUAGCGAGUGGCGCAUCGUCCUUCUCUGCAAGAAAUGCUUCUCUCGCGUCGAGUCCUCGGAGCUCUGCUCCUGUUGCUUCUCCACUUCCUUGUCCCAAGAAUCUUUCUCUUGCCGCCAGUGUAACCGGAGAGUCCACAGGCAUUGCGAUUCCGAGUACCAAAGCGUUGCGCUCUUGUCCGAUUCUUCUUCGGCCAUGGAGUUUUCGGUCUGCGCCGAUUGCCGGAUUCCGGAGUCGCUGGUCAAGUGGAGAGGGGUUGUGAGCAAUAGGAAGGCUCGGAGGACUGGAAAGAGAAGAGUUGGUUUGGGAUUGGGUAAAUCUAGGGUUUCGGCCAUGGUGGAUGACGGGGAAAUUGAUGAUGCCUUUGGUGGCGAAGAGGGCUCAAACAGUAGGAGGGAUGAGGAUGCUGCUGUUGAUGAUGAUGGGCCCUCGAAGGAAGGAGAAGUGAACUGCUCCAAUGGUGUUGAGUUGGGGUCUCCAACUUUCUGUAAACAAGAGGAAUGUAUCUGUAUUUCCAAGCCAAAGGAGCGAAGGUGCAAUGCAAAGGUUGAUCCCUUUUAUUUCAAGCAUAGGAAAAGGAGCACUUUUGAUCGCUAUGUGUUAACAUACAAGAAGAGAAGGCCCAAAAACCUCAACCCAAGAGCGCUUGACAUUGAAGAAGAGAGUGAAGAUGAUGAUGGGCCGUUGAAGGAAGGAGAAGUGAGCUGCUCCAAUGGUGUUGACUUGGAGUCUCCAACUUUCUGUAAACAAGAGCAAGAGGAAUGUAUCUGUAUUACCACGCCAAAGGAGCGAAGGUGCAAUGCAAAGCUUGAUCCUUUUUUUUUCAAGUAUAGGAAAAGGAGCACUCUUGAUCGCUAUGUGUUAACAUAUAAGAGAAGGAAACCCAAAAGCCUCUAUGCUUGUUAUACAUUUACGUAUAAGAGGAGGAGACCCAGAAUCCUGUAUGCUCGUUCAACUGGUUCAUCUUGA